AUGAAUACCUUAGCUGAUUCUGCUUGCGGCUCUCAGAGAAUCACGCCACCACCACUGCCUCCUCCUCCCCAAAGCAAAGCCAGAUAUACCAAGCUCAACAAGGUGGGCAUGGAUGUGGCCAAAAUGGAAAUUUUAAAGAAGGCCUUAAACCAAGCCGGAAUGCCCACCUGGGAUGUGCAAGGUUUGAUCAUCACAGCAUGUCUUGACACUGACGCACACACGCACUCAAUCCAAGGCAAGUAUUCAUGGUCCAUAGCAAGGAAGAACCAUCUUGCGCUCUUGCACAAUAUUGCCAAGUUGCUAUCAAAAGGAGCUUCAGAGAUUGGGUAUGGCCUACACAUUGACAUCUGGUUUUAA